AUGAAGAAAAAUGAAGUCGGGGCAACUCUCGAGGAUGUCCGUAAGGCUCUACUGUCGAAGGAUUUUGGAUCCGCUGGAGACAUAUGGAGUGGUGGAGAAACCGAGUUGCUCCCCGUCGCACCUGGUCUUUGCGUAGCCGGUGUCGGCAAAAUUCCGUUGCCUCUCACAACGACGACUGUAGAUGAGUUAAAGAGCGUAUGUCUUCCUAUAACUGGUGGUAUUCGUGCCAACAAGAUGGAAGGAGCUAAAAACGCUGUGCGAGAAGUCAAUGCUGACCAAGUAACUUUGGAGAAUCCAUUGUGGGAUAAUGCCAUGCAUCAGCUCACUAGAAAGGUUGCGAGUGAUCUAGGUGCCAAUGCAAGCUUUGUAUCUGCAAGAUUGGAGAAGCUAGUUUUGUACGAACCGGGUGAUUGCACCCACCAAAAUCAACAUUCAGAAUUGGAAGCUGGGAGCUUUGCAUCACUGAUGGUUCAGCUUCCCAGCGAUUACGUCGGUGGCUCGAUUCUUGUUUCACACAAUGGCCGGGAGAAAGAGUUUACAAUGGACUCGACAAAUCAAGCACCCAAUCAGUGUCAUUUCGUUGCACAUUACUCAGAUUGUGACAAGGAAGUCCUUCGCAUCGAAUCUGGCUAUCGGCUUGCCUUGAUCUAUUCUCUUCGGUAUUCUGGCAAGGAAACUUCAGAGCCAAGUGCAAAAGACAUCAAAGAAGGUGUUUUCAUUUCACUUCUUAGGAAGUUGCGCAAACCUGAAUCUCUCUUUGCUGUCCCAUUGGACCAGAAAUAUGACAAUUCUUCUUUUGAGCGCCUUGCCACAGGUGCACUUCAAGGGUCCGAUCGAGCUCUAUCAGAUAGAAUAUUGCGGGUAGAUGGUUGGGAAACGGCCAUCUGCAAACUAGAAAGAAUUGGUACAUAUCAUGGUGAAGAUGGCGAUCGUUGUUUCGAGUGGGAUCAAUAUGGUGCAGAAUAUGAGACGUCGCUCAAAGAGAUCAUUGACGACGACGAAGCUUACUAUUCGUAUCAUGAUUUGUUUGUUGAGCAGCUGAAGCUUGACUCUGUUGGUGAGGAUUGGGCGAUCUUGGCUACAGAUGAUGGCAUAGACAAGAUAUGGGAAGAAGUCGAUUCGACAGAACUUGAGUAUACUUCAAGAACAGAGGCUUCCAUGGAAACGACCUAUCAUGCCUACGUUCUAGUUGCGUUUUCUUUGAAUAAUCUAUUCGAACAAGUCUGUCGACAUGAUUUAGACAAUGCUAUCGAGCUGAUCGAGGACGAUCCCUGUCUUCUGGACCGAGCCUUGGCAUACUUGGAAGGAGAAAAACCGACGCUUUCUCAGCGGCACUUACUGCCUUUCCACGAGUUGGUUCAACGUAAUCAUAGUGAAAACGGACGCUACUGGCCAGACAUCGAUGUCAUGUUUCGGCGACUUGACACCUCUGCAAUCCCGCCUGACGAGGUUGUCGAAUUCAUUUCCUCGUUAGUCAAAUCCCCUGGGAGGUGUGACAAGACUAAUGCCAUCUACGACUAUGUUGAUUCGCUUUGCAGCAUUGCAAAACACUCAGAUUCCUUGAAACUCUGGAAGUUGAAGAGGUCCCUAGUGUGGGAACAUCGACAAGUACCACAGCCGGAUGGCCAGCCAGCUCCAAAAAGGAUUCGCCCAGCUUCCGAAGUGAUCGUGAUUGAAUAG